AUUAAUUGAAGCUGCAAACAGCAACGCUUGCCAUGGCUACUGCCGGCGGCCGUGAGGAUGCAGAAGUGGACGAAGUAUUGGAGUGGAUUCCGGAGCGUAGAGGGGAAGUACUUCCAAUUCUUGCUGUGACUUCAGCAAACUACAAACAGGUGUUUUCCUUUUGGGAGUCGUCUCUGAGAACCCUUGGCUAUCCCAGGCACAAGAUUCACGUGGUGGACCUGGGGGAGUUGCCCGGGCCUCAUGGCUACUGCACCGACUCUUGGCGCUUUGCCAUUGACCGGCAACUUCAAGAGGUUGUAAGCUGGAUCGGGAAUCAUUUCGACGAGUACUUUAUUCACACGGACACGGACAUUCAAUUCUUCCCACACUUCAUGCAUUUGCAAUGUGAGUGGCUUAAAUGGAUGAAGGAGGAAGGCCUAGACAUGAUCUUUAUGCGGGAGCGGACGGAGGUGAUUCCGGAUCUUCGAUGUGGGGAGGUAAACGCUGGCUUUUGCCUGCUGCAUUGCAAUUCCCGCACCAGGUGUUUCUGGCAGAAAGUUUUGCAGGAGGAACAGGCAUUUCCCAAGAUGGAUGGAUAUCCGCCUUAUACAGAUCAGUUCCAUUUGAACCGUGGUCUUCAGCAUCGGCUUGGUGCUUUUCCACAGGAAGGAGCUUUUGGUGUGCGAUGGGCGACUAUUCCAGACUUUCAGUGCAUUUGGGGGAUGCCUUCUGACGAGGUUAACUCUGCUGCUUUUCAUCAUGCAGUGAAUACACAGGACAAAGUGGCAUUGCUGAGGUCGGUGCGGGAGAAGGUCCGUUUGCAACAACCUUUGGUGGCGAGGGGCUUGAGCGGCUUGAGCGGCAUCGAGCUGCAGGAGCAGAUUCAUCGGCUAGCUGAUGCCGUUGCAGGCCUUCGUGGUUCAAAGCAACAGUGGAAUCCAAGUGACGUGAAGGCGAUUCGGCGGCUGUUGCAAGAAGUUGAGGCUCUGGCAGAGGCUGUGCUGCCUGGCUCGGUGUGUGCCGAUUGCGGUUUCAAAACUCACUGGAGGCGCCUGAGGUGCCAGAUGAAUCGCAUAGCGACAGCGGUUGCCAAGCAGUUCUUUGCUCACUAUUUAUAGGUUCAUGAUAGCAAUUUCCUCAUAUCUUAAAUUGAUAUAUAUAUAUAAACAACACGAGACUCAGCAGAAGACUCAACCAGAAAGGAGGACUCAGAACCAAACUUCAAAAACAAGAACUAAAUGGAAAAACCAACAAAUCUACUGUACAUUGAUUGUUCUUAUUUGGUUUUUCUUUGAGUCUGGAUUUGUUUUCUUAUUUUGUAUGGAUUUGUUUAUGUAUGUUUUUCUUUGUCCUUUUCUUGAGUGUCAGUUUGUUUUUGUUUUGUUGUUCUUUCUUUUUUAGAGUCUCUCCUUUUUGGUCAUUCUUGAUUUGUUUUUCCUUUUUUCCUUGAUUUUGGACCUGUCUGAUAAAUUCGUGUUCACAAUGAUAGGUGGAGUGGUGGAAUCGGCCAGUGUGCGACUUGCUGGCUGAAGUGGUGCAGAGGCCUUCAAGAACAUGCCAGGACCCAUUAUUGUGGUUCCUGGGAAGUGAGUGCAGAUCAAAGCAUGGCAGAAUGGAAAAGUGAUGAAAAGUGCCGCGCUAGCUUCACUGCCAAACUGACAAGUGGUUGAUGGGAUCUUGGUGUAA